CUCCGCCCUCCCCCCCUCUCUCUCUCCAGUCCACACCUCGUCCUCCCCCUCGCUCUGGAUCUCGUUCUCGUCCUGCCGGCCGCGGCCGGACGAGGGGCCGACCCGGUCCUCCCCCCGCGGCGCCCGCCGACCGCGCUCUUGUCUGCUCACUUAUACUGCUCGCAUUGCCGGGAUUCGCUCCAUUUGUCCAGCUAAUCCUAGGCGGCCCGUCGCGCGGAGUUUGGGGUCGCCGGGUUGGAGCGGACGUGUCUGCUUGUUUUACUUCGUCUCGCUCGGUCUGAGGCUGCGUUUCUCCACAUCGCUGGAUAGAUUGGAGGUUUGCGGUGAUGGCGAUUGGAGCUUGGUGACCUGGUGAACGAGGAGUUGAGACUUGGGGAGGCUUGAAGGGUACUAGUUCCUCAGGAGGAGGGAGAGAGGGAGAUGGCGGCCGGCGGGCUGGGGCCCACGCAGCACCAGGAGCCGAACGGGGGCUCCGGCAGCAUCACCAACGGCGGUGCUGCUGCGGUGUCCGCCGCCACGCCGCUGCACAGCUCGGCGUCCUCCAACGUCAACGGCGCCGCCGACGGGUACGAUAGCGACGGCUACAGCUUCGCGCCGCCUACACCGUCAACUUUGUCAAUGUCCAUACCUCCGGAGCUUGCUGGAGCAAUUCCACUGAUUGAUAGAUUCCAGGUGGAGGGAUUUCUCAAGUCAAUGCAAAAACAGAUUCAUUCGGCUGGAAAACGCGGAUUUUUUUCUAAAAAAUCUGUUGGGCCCCAAGCUCGUGAGAAGUUCACUUUGGAAGAUAUGCUGUGCUUCCAAAAGGAUCCUAUUCCAACUUCGUUAUUAAAAAUAAGUAGUGACCUUGUAAGCCGCUCAAUUAAGUUGUUCCAUGUCAUACUAAAGUACAUGGGCAUUGACUCACCUGCAAUAAUAAGUUUGGAUGAAAGGAUAGAACUUGUUGCGAAGCUUUAUAAGCAUACAUUGAAGCGUUCUGAACUUCGAGAUGAACUCUUUGCACAGAUUUCGAAACAAACACGCAACAAUCCUGAUAGGGGUUGGUCAAUAAGAGCUUGGGAACUUAUGUAUUUGUGUGCAUCGUCCAUGCCACCAAGCAAAGAUAUUGGGGCAUACUUGUCUGAGUAUGUUCACUAUAUUGCUCACGGAGCCACAGCUGAUUCUGAUGUUCGAGUUCUAGCAUUGAACACACUUAAUGCAUUAAAACGUUCAGUUAAGGCAGGCCCUAGGGUUACAAUUCCUGCACGAGAGGAGAUAGAAGCUCUUUUAACCAGCCGGAAGCUUACAACAAUUGUAUUUUUCUUGGAUGAAACUUUCGAGGAAAUUACCUAUGAUAUGACAACAACUGUUGCUGAUGCUGUUGAGGAACUUGCUGGCAUUAUCAAACUUUCAGUAUAUUCUAGUUUCAGCCUAUUCGAGUGUCGAAAGGUUGUUAAUGGAUCAAAGUCUUCAGAAGUUGGCAACGAGGAAUACAUUGGAUUAGACGAUAACAAAUAUAUUGGUGACUUGCUAUCUGAAUUCAAGUCAGCUAAGGAUCGCAAUAAAGGAGAAAUUUUGCACUGCAAACUUGUAUUAAAAAAACGCCUCUUUCGUGAGUCGGAUGAGGCUGUGACUGAUCCAAUGUUUGUUCAGCUAUCAUAUGUCCAGUUGCAACAUGAUUAUAUUUUAGGAAACUAUCCGGUAGGCAGGGACGAUGCUGCACAACUCUCUGCUCUGCAAAUAUUGGUCGAGAUUGGAUUCAUUGACAAUCCCGAGUCUUGUGUUGAAUGGAUAUCACUUCUAGAGAGGUUUCUACCUAGACAAGUUGCAAUUACUAGAGCAAAGCGAGACUGGGAGCUUGACAUCAUUUCACGCUAUCAGUUAAUGGAACACCUGUCAAAAGAUGAUGCACGGCAACAGUUUCUCAGAAUCUUAAGGACUCUUCCUUAUGGGAAUUCAGUUUUCUUCAGCGUUCGGAAGAUUGAUGAUCCAAUAGGACUUCUACCCGGAAGAAUCAUUUUGGGAAUCAACAAACGAGGGGUUCACUUUUUCCGUCCGGUUCCCAAGGAAUAUCUACAUUCCGCAGAGCUGAGAGACAUCAUGCAAUUUGGGAGCAGCAAUACCGCUGUUUUCUUUAAGAUGCGAGUUGCUGGUGUUCUUCAUAUAUUUCAGUUUGAAACUAAGCAGGGUGAGGAAAUAUGUGUAGCACUUCAAACGCAUAUAAAUGAUGUCAUGCUCCGCAGAUAUUCAAAAGCACGCUCUGCUACUAGUGCAAUUUCUCAAAAUGAUGUUACCCAAACAAAUAAGCCACAAAAUGUCGAAAUGUAUGAGAAACGUGUCCAAGAACUGACAAAAGCAGUUGAGGAAUCCCAGAAGAAAGCAGAUUGGUUGCGGGAGGACUUGCAAUUGAAGACAAAACAAGAAACAGAGAUGCAAGAAGAAUUGGAGGGGCUAAGGGAUACCUUGCAAUCUGAACGACAAAGUUUUUCGGAAGUAAAAAGUGAGAUGGAUAAGCUAAAAUCUCUAUGUGCUGAGAAAGAAUCUGCUUUGCAGGCUGCUCUGAUAGAAAAAAGUAGACUGGAGACCAUAUUAACAAGUGGUCAGGGCCAUUCAGAAAGCAAUAAUAAAAUAGAAGCAUCUGGUAAUCGCCGUGAGAGAGAUGCUUUGACAACUGUAGGCAGCAUCAACAGUGACAUUGAGAUGGUCACCAAGCUUAAGGAGGAGUUAAAAUCACGCCAACAAGAGCUUGAUGCUUUGAAAGAAGUCUCGAAGAGGCUAAUGUCGGAAAAGAAUCUGCUUGACCAGAAAGUUCAAAGGCUUGAAAGAAUGAAAAGUGAAGAGAAAAGUACAAUGGAAAAAGUUUAUGGGGAUGAAUGCCGUAAACUAAAAUCUCAGAUUGCUGUAUUGGAGCAGAAAUUGGAAGUUACAACACGAUCCUUAAAUGUUGCUAAAUCAAAUCUUGCUGUAAGAAUUGCUGAGGUGGAUACCUUACAAACUAGUCUGAAAGAACUUGAUGAGUUAAGAGAGUUCAAAGCGGAUGUCGACAGAAAGAACCAACAAACUGCUGAGAUUCUUAAAAGACAAGGGGCACAAUUGGUUGAACUUGAAAAUCUUUAUAAGCAAGAACAGGUUUUGCGAAAGCGUUACUAUAACACAAUUGAAGAUAUGAAAGGAAAAAUAAGAGUUUUUUGUCGCCUACGCCCUCUAAGUGACAAGGAGCUUUCUUUAGAGGAGAAAAAUAUUGUUUGCAGUCCUGAUGAAUUUACAAUUGCACAUCCAUGGAAAGAUGACAAGUCGAAGCAACAUAUAUAUGAUCGUGUUUUUGAUGCGGGCACUACUCAAGAAGAAGUCUUUGAGGACACUAAGUAUCUGGUACAAUCGGCUGUUGAUGGAUAUAAUGUUUGCAUAUUUGCUUAUGGCCAAACUGGCUCUGGAAAGACUUUCACAAUUUAUGGUUCAGAUAACAAUCUUGGUCUUACUCCAAGGGCUACAUUUGAGCUUUUUAGGGUGAUAAAAAAUGAUGGUAACAAAUAUUCAUUUUCUUUGAAGGCAUAUAUGGUGGAGCUUUAUCAAGAUAAUCUUGUGGACCUAUUGUUGCCCAAAAAUGCAAAGCAGCAAAAAUUAGAGAUAAAAAAAGAUUCUAAGGGUGUUGUUACUGUUGAAAAUGCGACAGUUGUGAGCAUUUCAAGUAUUGAAGAGCUGAGGGCUAUAAUUUCGAGAGGUUCUGAGAGAAGGCACACCGCUGGAACAAAUAUGAAUGAUGAGAGCUCAAGGUCUCAUUUAAUUCUUUCAAUCGUUAUUGAGAGUACUAAUCUCCAGACUCAAUCAUACGCGCGAGGCAAGCUAAGUUUUGUGGACCUUGCUGGUUCUGAGAGGGUGAAAAAAUCUGGUUCAGCAGGAAAGCAACUGAAAGAAGCACAAAGCAUCAAUAAAUCUCUUUCUGCGUUGGCUGAUGUUAUUGGUGCUUUAUCGUCUGAUGGACAACAUAUACCUUACCGGAACCAUAAGUUAACAAUGCUUAUGAGUGAUUCUCUCGGUGGCAAUGCGAAGACCUUAAUGUUUGUGAAUGUUUCACCAGCAGAGUCUAACUUGGAGGAGACUUAUAACUCACUCAUGUAUGCUUCACGGGUUCGUUGUAUCGUCAAUGACACGAGCAAGCAUGUUGCCCCGAAAGAAAUCAUGAGGUUGAAGAAGCUGAUUGCCUAUUGGAAGGAGCAAGCAGGCAAGCGGAGUGAUGAUGACGAACUGGAGGAGAUACAGGAAGAGAGGAUCUCAAAGGAGAAAUCAGACAACCGCCUGACCAGCUGAGAACGAGUUACCGUCACUGGUGUCUGUCUGCUGUGCUGAAUGCUCCUGUUUGCCAUUACCUGGAGAGGUGACUGAUGCUGAUAUGCAUUUGCGACGGUGACGAGUUUUGCGGUCGCUCUCUAACAGAACGUUCCAAUAUCAUCAGACAGUAUUGUACACAAUUGUAUAGUUACAUAUUAUAUUAUGGCAGCGAUGCCCGUUUGUACAAAGAGGACUGUAGCACACAUUCAUAGGAAGGGAAAAGUAGUUAGGAUUAAACCUUUUUGUAGUUGAUUCACCUUAACGGCUUGUCUGCUCCUGAUCACACGUCGUAGCAGUGUAGUAAGUGCUUUGUAGCAUCAUAUGACCGUUCUCUCAAACUGUUGCUUAUUCUACUAGA